GGCCUUGAUUUAAAGGCCAUUCUGUACUGGAUUUCAGUCAACAUCCAGGAGGUGGUGUUGCUGGAACAAAGCUCUAAAAUCCUCACUGGAAGAGUCAGUGUUUUGUCGAGGAGCUCCAGUACUCCUCCGUUUCUCCGCUGUAAACAGUAACAGUUUUAUACAGCUUUCUCUCAGCAGCAGCAGAAACACCCACGAACUAUGGCGGAGUGCGACUGGGACACGGUGACCGUGCUGAGGAAGAAGGGCCCGUCCUCAGCUCAGGCUAAAUCCAAGCAGGCUGUUGCUGCUGCCCAGAGGCGUGGAGAAGAUGUGGAGACCACCAAGAAAUGGGCAGCAGGGCAGAACAAGCAGCAUUUGGUGACUAAGAACACAGCUAAACUGGAUCGUGAGACAGAGGAACUGCAACACCAGAGAGUGCCACUGGAGGUGGGCAAGGUGAUCCAGAGAGGCCGCCAAGACAAGGGAAUGACCCAGAAAGAUCUCGCCACUAAAAUUAACGAAAAGCCUCAGAUUAUUGGUGACUACGAAAGUGGAAAAGCAAUUCCCAACAACCAGAUCCUGGGCAAGAUAGAGAGAGCCCUUGGAUUGAAGCUGCGUGGGAAAGAUAUUGGGCAGCCCUUGGAGCCUAAAACCAAAAAGAAAUGAGGACAAAGCCUCGAAAUCAGCCCCUUCCUCCCCUGAUCUUCCCUCACUCCAUAUUCCCACUUACUAAACAGAUUUAUGCUACUUGCACACGCUUGAAAUAGAAGGGUCAUGUGACUACAGAUGACAACUACAAAGAAAGAAUGUAGAGAAAGAAAUAAUUAUUUUUUUGUUUGUUGCUAAAUAUGUGGAGCUCUACAGAGUUGUAUAUAGUUUAAUUUGUGUUAAAUUUAGAUAUGUUUGAAUACUGCACUCCCGUUUUGGAGAGAGUUUGUUUGAAAGAUGCACCACUCUGUAGCUGUAGUUUAAAUGACUGCUGUAGUUUAAAUGACUGCAGCUUUAGUUUUUGCCUUUUAAUAGUGCAAGAGGCAUACACCAGCCUUAACCCUCUAAAACCCUCUGACUGUCCCUUGCUUCCCCUUCCUUGUCCUGGGCUGAUCUCACACGGGUUCUACUGAAGAACCUGGUGUACCACUGCAUUCAGAAGCUGCAUUAUAAAAUGUCAAUCAGAAAAAUCCUUAAAACAAAUAUGAAUGACUUUGUUGCAAGAUCUAAAAAAGUGCUAUGAUUAUUUUGGUAAAAGAAUGUUUUUGCAUGUAAUAUUUUUUGAGGUUUGCAGAAAAUAAAUGACUUUCACAUGUGCUUAUCUAAUAAAGCUAUUCAAAAGCAUGA